AAACUCCUCUUUUUUUUUUUUUUUUUUUUAAUAGUGUGGUUGGAUGCUGCUCACUUUAUGCCUGAACGACAAUAUUACAAUUUCCCCACGAAAAUUACGUCGGCUCUCCACCGGCUUGUUUGUGGCGAGGAUAAACGUCGAGUUCUCCUUCGCCGCCACUUUUGACAUCGCGGCCGAGGCUGAUGAUGGAGCGACUCAAGGAACCACAGGAGAGCAGAGACGUGAGCACCGGAGGGAUUUGCUUCAGCUGCGAACAGAUAUUUUCCAGCCAAAAAUUUCUGGAGGAACACGCGUGCCCCUUCACCAGCCACAUCUGCUCGUGCGGGACCGAGUUUGCCGUGUACGAAGACAUGAUCUGCCACAACUUCACCCACGAGCCGGGACAACAGGUGCUGCACCACGAAACGAUAAAGAAGCGUCGAUUCGAGAAGCACAUCGAAGAAGAGGAGAAGCUGAAACGCUUCAAGUCGGGCGAAGUCAUCUGGAAAGCGAUCGGCGGGCCCGCGUCGGGGAAGUCGUCGCCGUCCGCGUCGGUUUGCCCGACGAAGAUUUCAAAGCCGACCUCUCGCGUGCCGACCGUUUACCCCUCCGUGUGGUCGUCCAUUAUGCCUCGCAAAGACGGGGUCGACGUUAAGAGCAUGUUCUCCGGCGUGGGGGCGCCGACGGUGGACCUCUGGAUAAUCUACCAGCCCGUGGUGGUGGUGCAAACCAUCCGCAAGUGGAACCAGUGGAAGCCGUACACUUGCGGUAAAUGCGGAGAGGGUUUCGUCACCAAGCGAAUGCUCGUUUCGCACGUCACCACGCACAUCGCGGAUAAAAUAUGCGGCUGCGUUGGUUGCGGGCUGCUGCUCUCCAGCAGGAAGUUAGUGCCUCGCUUUCACGCCUGCAACUCCCCCACCACCACGGCCAAACUCAAACUCAUCACGGCCAGGCCGCUGAAUUACAAGAGUCCGUUUCCGGAUGUAGACUCGACUCAGAGGCCGCGCCAGUGUUCCGGCGCGGGGAACAAAAACAGUCAGGUGGUCCAAGUCACCUCCGCCCUGCAGCUGAAAAAUCUAAAUGUCCGAAACUCCGGCAGAGCCCCCCAGGGAGCUCGCGCCGUGCCUUCCCAGCAGGUUAAACGUCAGAAUUCCAUGCUAGCCGCUCCCCAGAAAAGCAGCUGGAAGCAUUCGCCCUCACCCACCACCGCGAGCUUGAAUCUGGGCCAGCCCGCGGAGACGCCCCCCGGGAUGGACGACUUCACGUGCCGGGUGUGCCACGUCCCCUUCGAAAGCGUCCAGCAGCUGCAGAGGCACAAGUGCCCCAAAGCCGACGAGUUCAUGGCCAAGCACGGGCGCAUCGGCAAGGUGAUCAAGCCCAGGCGGGACGCCGUGGCGCCCAAGGCCGGCGGCGCCCGGGUCAACGGCGAGAGAAGCUGCGCGUUCCCGGCGGACGCCAAGAAGCAGCAAGUCGCUUCCGACAAAGGGCGACGCCCCGAAAACGCGGCAACGGGAGACGACGCCGAGGACGAUUGUUACAUCGUGGAACCGGGACCAGAAAAACCAUCCGAAAUGAUCUACCAGGUCACCUCGUCGGUCCCCAUCAAAACUUGACCGGUUUGCACGUCGGAACGUUGUCCGCUUAUCUUCAUUCCAAAGGAGCAAAAUCUUUCCCCCGACACCUCGACUUUUAAAACAACAGUUACGCGUGUAUGUUCUUUUAGAUUCGAUAGAACCGAAUAUGCAUUUGAAUCUGACCCGAUCCCCCGUUUUUAUCCGGACAGAACGUCGGACUUCUCGAGUUUUCCGGUGAAUUUGCUCGUUGGUGCGUAGUUACAGAAGUCCACCGAGGUAGGUUAGAGAUGGAAAAUAUGGCACUGUAUUAUACUUGUCCUUUUUCUAAAUAUGGUUUAGCGUGAUCAGAAUGUGUUAGGAUUCAAGGAUUCACUUCUAUGACUGUUUGACUCAUUUAAAGUGAACCUUAUGUAUUAAACUAUAUUUUCAAAUUCUCACUUGUUUCAAUUUUUCCACAUUAAAUUGUCUUCGAUGUC